AUGCCAAGCUCCGAUGAUUUUUGGGGCUCAGAGUCUGCAUCUGAUAUAAUUAUCAAAAUUAUUGCAUUUCCUAUCAAUCUUGGCAUUGGUCCAAAAGAUUUCACUUAUCAUAUAAUCGAAACCUUCAUUUACGCUGUUUUUUACAUUUUCAACUUCUCAAUACAUAUGAUGGUUAUAUGGAGAAAUCCAAAAGAAAAAGCUACAACCAACAAAACAAUUUAUUAUCUUUGCGUUUCGAAUAUUUUGAUAUGCCCUACUGUUCUUGUACUAGCAUCUUCUAAUCUUGGUGUCCUCUUCAGAUCGAUUAUAUUCUAUGAACGCAGAGAUCCAAUAUUAUAUGCCUGUAUCAUUAUUGGAAUUUUGACAGUUUCGAUUUCCGCUACAGCUCAUUAUUAUGGCGUUUUGAUGAUCAGACACUCAACAUUUGUUGACUUUAAGAUGCUUUUCCGUCCAUGGUCACCAUAUUUAAUGAAUGUGCUUGCAUUUGAUUACUUUUUUGUACUAUUAUGCCUUUUAGAAGGUCUGUUUGACAUGAACAAACCAAUAUAUAUCUUGAUUUUUUCAAUUUUAUGUUUAGUUAUUUGCAAUCCAAUUGUUUUAUGGUAUUUUAUGGCAAAUCCUGUAUUUCAGAAUACCAGAGAUUCAGUGUAUAUACUAACAGUCUUAAGUUCAGGUAUGUAUUCGGUAAUUUUAAUGGAUAUCAAAUAUUUCGCAAAAAGAAUCACGCCAAUCAUAUAUUUAUUUGUGAUAAUUGUGAUAUACAUUGCUCAUUAUUUCCUAUACUUUACUCUAACAAGAGCAAAUGCCAACAGAUUUUUAAUGAAACUAUAUUCAGUAUACAAACAAAGUACAGGAGUAUUACCACCAGCACCUCCUUUAAUGGUAUUUGGUAACAACACUGCAAAAGUAGCUCUAACUCAAGAAGCUUACAAUGUAAUGCAAGCUUUUUCUUCUUUGGAGAUCAGUACUUCUCGUGAGUUCCAAAAUAUUGUCACAGUUGGUGCAUCUAUGAGAAUGCCUGCAGUAACAAACUUCGAUUUCAUUCGUUGGGGAUUAAAUUUUUUUAUUGAUAAGAAUUCGUUGAUGAUAUGCUCCCAGAUAUGCAAUUAUUAUCAUGAAAAUGCACAAACGCAAUCAAUUAUUCUUCAAUCAUUAAGAUCAAAUCCGAAAUUAUCAAAUUUUGAUACAAUUGUUGUUAAUUUAUUGGAUUUGGAACAUACAGAUGUAAUUUCUGAUCAACCAAUAUUCUAUAGAACGCUAAAAGUCAAAGCAAUGAAUGCUCAAGCUCGUUGCCGAAGAUGUAUUUCUUCAUUUUGGUCAGCAGUUCUAAACCAAAGCAUUCCUUCUAUGAACGAAGGUUUGUGCAAACUCAGAAAUUCCAUUAAUGACGCACAAGCCCAUUUCGAUGAACUUUUAAGAUGUUAUCCAAAUUCAAUCGAUGCAAUUUCAAUGUAUCUCAGUUAUCUCCUUGAAAACAAAUUCUCCUUCCUUGAAUGCUACAAGUACAUCAAUAAAACUAGCUCCUCAAUGAUAGAAAGCAAAAUUGAAGGAAAUAAAAACGUAAAUCAAACAAGAACAGACGCAAUAACUACAUUAAUGAAGGACACAAACAGUAGUUAUGCAGAAUAUCUCUCAAACAUCACAACUUACGCUGAACAAGAAAGAAGAGUUAAAUAUAAAUCGCGUGGUCCUAGCCGCGCGUUAAUGACUUUAGUUGUUUUAAGCUUUAUUGUUAUUAUAGCUUGCUUUAUUGGUAUUAUUUGGUCAACUCUCAAACGACAAAUGAGUUAUCCAAGUUUAUUAGAAAUAAUUACACGAGGAUCAGACGUAAUUAUCGAUCUAGCAUCACUUUCACUUGCAGCUCGACAUCUUUGCUUGUAUAAAUCGGGUGCAAUUCCUGAAACAGACGAAAAUAUAACAAAUAAUUUGGCAGAAUACAUACUAAAUGGGUCAGAAGCACUUCCAAACAAGAUAUUGACAUUCUAUACUACAACAGCUCAAAGAAAAGUAAUGAUUGAUACAUUAAAUACUCCAUUUUCUGAAAUUACUUUAUUCAAUCAAACUAUACAUGCAUGCUUAGGUCGUACAAUUGGUGUAGUUACGAAUUCCAUUAGGAACUUAGCUGUAAACUUCCAGGAAUUCUACAAAAACGGCACAAAUUCAGAUUCAAUUUGCCGUUCUGAAGAAAUGAAGACAAUUACAAGCACAAUUCAUACAAUAAACUAUCUAACAACGAGAUUUAUCAAUAGAUUCAAGCAACUCGCCGAAGAAGAGAUUGGAGAAUUUGAUAAAACUCUGAAAUUGAUAGUUUACAUUUUGCCUGGCACUUUUUUGGUAUUUUUCCUGAUUUUAUUGUUAGUUAUUAGAAGUUAUGUUAUUCAUGAGUCCUCAUUCCGAAUGACAUUAUAUUUAAGUCUUCCGGAAAAAAUCGCGAGUAAUAUAAUUCACAAACAGAACGAAAUUGACAAAAAGCUUGUUUAUUACCAUUCCUCAUCAUCUCCAUUCUUUUCUAGUGGUCUCCAACAGAAGAACAACAAGAAUCUAACAAGCGCAAGUCAAGGACAAACAAGUCAAUCAACGGAAAAAUCAAAAGCAAUGAAAGUUGAAAGUUUGUAUCAAUUCACAAACAGUUCAAAAGAAGCAAGUACAACAGGUAUCAUUGGGUUCACUGUUUCAAUGAUUGUUUUCUUUAUUGUUGGUGCACUUUCGAUGUUUGGAUUGAUUUUUUAUGCAAAACAUGUUAAUUUAGGUUUCAUUGGUCGUAUUUUUCAACUUUGUGAUACAACAAGAAGAUAUUCCAGUCUACAAUAUGUCAGUUUAUUAAUUGUUGAAUGUUUUAAUUACGAAAAUGAAGAACUCAGAUUAUUUGAUCAUCAACAAUUAGUUGAUUGGACGAAAGACAUAUUAAAGAAUACUUCGAGAUUGGAAUCAGAUUUAACAUAUGGAAAUGAUGAUAUUCCUUAUACAUAUAGAGAAUAUCCAAUGAUUGCUUCUCUUUUCGAUGGAACUAAUAAUGAUUUGCAAAAAUUCACAAAUGAAGUAUUAAGAAGUCAUUAUUCUAUACGUGAUAAAGGUUACGAAUAUCUUGGGAUAGAGAGCAAAAUGCAGCUGUUUUUGAGUGCGACACGAGGAAUAUUAAACAUUUUCUCGAAGAAUCUCUCUGUUUUGAACAUUUCUACUGGUGAUUGGUUGUAUUACAACAGAUUAAUUGUUGACCAUAUUGUUAUAGAAACAGCCAAUACAACGGAGAUUUAUAUAGAAGGCGCAAAUAGUGUUAUUAGUCAUUCUUUCUUGGCAGCUUUGCAUAUGUCUGUUGCAGCAAUUAUUCUGUUAAUGAUAAUUUAUAUUGGACCAAUUGUUUAUUAUUCCAGGAAUUUGAGAAAAUAUUUCAAUUUGACAACACAAAUUUUGGCUGGAAUUCCUCCUGAAAUAUUUAGAAAUACAUUCUAUAUAAACAAUUGGCUCCAAAAGAUCAUUUCUAGACGUAAUUUCAGCAAAUACGAAGCAACAUUUAAGCGAAGCGUUUCAACACAGUUGCAAUCGAAUGUUUCUGAAUUUAUUCCUGAAAAAAUCUUUUUGUUUACUACACAAGGAAGCUUCAUUGAUAUCAAGAGUUAUGAUUUAUCAGAGAUACAAGGUGAUGUCGAUCUUGCAGCAAUAUUAAAUAUCUUCUUUGAACUUAAGAAACAACCGAAUUUGUUGGAUAAUGUUCAAAGAAGUUUUGCAAAUUUCCUUGAAGCAAAAGAUAAAAUGGAAAACGUUAUUUUCAAAGGAAUCUCGAGAGACAAUAGGCCGCUUAGAAUAACUCUUCAUGGUAUAACAACAGCUGACUCUAUUUCAUUGAAUUUAAGUGAAAUGCCUGGUUUUUAUGCUUAUGUUUCAAUGUCAAUCCUUGAUAUAACUAAAGAAACAGAAGAUGAUAAAAGAUAUCAAGCAGAAGCAAAUACAACGUUGAGUUUGCUUGAAACAGUUAUACCGCAUUCACUUGCAAGAAGAAUACAUUCCGGAGAACAAUCAAUAAACUUUUCCGCUGGAAUUGGUUGUUUUGUGGUCUUACAAUUAUGUGAAUUUCUCGAUUACGGAAGAAUGUUUGGAGAAAAAGAAGUGAUGAAUCUAUUGAAUAGCAUGAGACAAUGUUUGGGCGGUGUUUUAGGCAAGUUCUCUAAUAUAACAACCAUGCAUAUAAGAAAUGGAAGGUGCUAUUUCAUUGCAGGUCUUUUCAAUGAAGAUCAAAAUGGUAUAACAGAAGUCGAAGAUUGUUUUGGUUUCUUUGAAUCAAUAGCUAUCGCUCUGCAUGAACUUAUGAUUAAGUUGAAUUUCACAGUGAAAUGGAAAGGAGCACUAUCAACAGGUGGCCCUAUUUUCUGUAGAUUAGUUGUUGAUGUUGCUCCUAUUGCAAUUGCAGAUGGAGAUCCUGUUUCCAUCGCUGAAAAAUUGUUGGAAAUUGCAAAGCCAGGACAAAUUUUGUUUGAUAAAACAACUUUGGAAUGUGCUGAACCUUUAAAGAUGACACCAAUAGAGUUAAGUGUAACUGAUGUUAAGGAUAGAAAAGUUUCAUAUUAUUAUAUUCCAAUUGAUUCAUAUUUGGUACCUCAAGAUUUACCAAAUAAUGUUUAA